AUGGAUUCUGUUUGCAUAACAUUUCCUAUUAAUGAUCAAUUUUGGUCCAUUGUUCUAAGUUUAAAGACACUACAUUCACUUAGAAUAUUAUCUCAUACUGACACUUAUCAAUCUCAAUUACAAGUUUUACUUGAUCGUGCACCGUAUCUUUAUCGUCUAGAUAUUAGACAAGAAGUAUUAUUACCAUUACAAAUUUCAUUAUUCAAAUAUAAUAAUGCAUCAGUUCGUCAACUUUAUUUACAGAAAUAUAAUUAUCGAUUCAAUGAAGAAGAAUGUGAUACAUUGACUCAUUCACCAUUGGAAGUCCAAUGUGAAAUACUUCCUAUUCAAGUUAAAAAUCGUGAAAGUAUUAUCAUUCUUGUUAAAAAUAUGAUCAGUCUUCGAGCACUACAUAUUCAAUGUGAAGAUGAUGAAUAUUCUAAAUAUUUGCCAUUAAUAGAAAACGUUAAUGAAUCUCAUCAGACAAAUAAAACAGACAAAGACGAGUUAAUUCAAUGGUUAAAAGAUAAUUUAUCAUCGACAUAUUUGAUUUCGAGAGAUCCAAAAUCUAUCAAUUGUAUUCGACUAUGGAUUCGAUAA